AAAGUUAAAUAGAAAAAGUAUAUCGAAUUUGAACGGGCAUAUACAACCUACAAACCUUCUAUGUACAUAUGUAGUGAUACCCAAAACCCACCUGCAUAUAUCUGAGGUCACUAUUCCGCAUAUCAGACCAUCUCUGCUUCCGUAUUGUACCAGAUCAAUCGUACCACGGAUUGGAGCUGCAAAUAGCGCUUCUGUCAUUGGCUGGAAAGGAAAAGCGCAUCACCUCCGAGGGAAUCGAUCACGAGAGCAAAUACUACUAUACUCCAAUACUGCACCCCGCGCCAAUCCCCCGCAUAUACUCGACCGAACGCUGAAACCUUCUUUUGUUCUUGUCCUAUUAUUCUUCAAUCCAAGUGCUUCAUCUACUAGCUAUACGAAUCACUACCUGCUGUCUUUCAUUCCCAAGAGAUCCAAUCCAACGAAAGCGCAGAAUAAAACACAAAUCCCAAUCGACAAAACUACCUCAUAUACGAAGCUAUAACCAGCAAGCCAGCUGACAAUAGACACCAUGGGUUGGAUGUGGUCAUCGCCAUCCCCCUCCGCCGCCCCGAAAGGCCCCAAUCCUCCCGCCGACGAGUCUAACAAUAAGCCCGCGGCACCUCCGCCAAAGCAGCCCGAAUCCGACUAUGGCGAUCCCGAAAUCGCUAAGUUCAUGGCCCAGCUGCAAGCAGAGUUCGGCAUCGCCAGCAAACCCGCCACCACACAGCCUCCCCCCGAGCCCUCGGCCAACAGCACAUCUACUCCUCCACCACCACCACCACCACCAACAACAACAACAACAACACCAUCACAGUCCUCCUCCCAACCCUCCAGCUCCUCAUCCCUCUUUUGGUCCUCCCCCACCACCACCGCCACCACAGCCGACCCCCCCAUCCCCUCCCACCUAGACCCAAUAACCGAGUCCCUCCUCCCAACCAGCAUGUCCUGCCGCCAAGCCUUCGACGCCGCCUACCACUGCAACUCCCUCGGCGGCCAAUGGGUAUCCGUCUACCGCUCCGGCACCAUGCGCUCCUGCUCCGAGCACUGGGACGACUUCUGGUUCUGCAUGCGCACCCGCACCUACUCGGGCCCCCGGAAGGAAGAAGCCAUCCGCGCCUACUAUCGCCGCAAGGAGUACCUCAAGUACCACGCCCCCGGACGUCCCAGCAGUGCCGACGUCUGGCAGCCCAGGGACGACAAGGUCCAGCCUGAUACCGCCUUCCGCGAACACCUCGACAUGCCGAGUAUCAGCGACGAGGAGUGGCGUCGGCUUGAGAUUGAGCGAAGACGGAGCGUCCAGGAACAGCUGCAGUCGCGCCAGUCGUAGCCUAGGAUAGUAUAGUAAUGUGUGCAUUUAUUUAUGUAAAGUACAGAAGGAUUCAGUCAGAUAUCUAGUUUCAGUUGGAUGGGUAGGGUUAAGUCCGUAGUGUACCAAGGUAUAGCAUCAUGCCAUUUUUGAAAUGGGAGCACCUACGAAAUUUACACAUUUUCUCAAGGCUUACCUCAGAGUCCUACAUCUCAUGAUAAUAAUUCAACUAUAGAAAAUCAUUAAAUAUGUAGCAAGCUUAUAAUCAUGUCACACAUGUCACAUUCAUCAAGAUCACAG